AUGCCGAAGGACAGGAGCUCCCGCGUUUCCUCUUAUGAGAGCCGUCGGGCUCGUGCCUCCCCAUACAUCUCAGCGUCUCAUGGACAGAGCAGUUCUUCUCGCCGGUCAGAAGAGUCUUCUGCGGCUGCAGCAGUGGCAGCAGCGAAGCAAGCUGCAGAGUGGGAGGAUGUUCGGUGCCCGGUCUGCAUGGACCACCCGCACAACGCUGUCCUGCUGGUCUGCUCGUCACAUGAGAAGGGUUGCCGCCCCUUCAUGUGUGACACCAGCUCGCGCCACUCCAAUUGCUAUGACCAGUACCGCAAGGCCUUCAAGGAUUCCUCCAAGGAUUCAGGGACAGAGUGCAGCGAGUGCCAGCAGCAGGUUCAGCUCUCGUGCCCACUGUGCCGUGGGCCAGUCAGCGAUUGCAUCAAGGACUACGACGCGCGAAGGUACAUGAACACCAAGGUCCGAUCGUGCACCAUGGAGUCGUGCGAGUUCAGGGGCGCCUACCAGGAGCUGAGGAAGCAUGCUAGGGUGGAGCAUCCAGCGGCGAGGCCAAUGGAGGUAGACCCUGAACGGCAGCGGGAUUGGCGCCGGAUGGAGCAGCAGCGGGACCUUGGGGACUUGAUGAGCAUGCUGCGUUCAGGGUUCAGCAGCAAUAUCGAGGACGACAGUGGUGGACUUGGAGCCAUCGAAGAAGGGGAAGAGGAAGCUGAAAGGACUCCGACCGCCAUAACAAUGGUCUUCAUCAUGCCAUCUAGAGGCUCGAUCAUGCAGUACUUAACAGAACGCAGUAGGGCGAUCAUUCUGGUCAGCCGGAGGCGAGCAAGCAGUGGCAGUGGUGAUGCUGAAGCCACAGCACCAGACAGCGAGGAAGGUGAUGACCCUAUGCCAUUGGCGGAGGCAUCUGCUGGUUCACAGCAUGCUUCUGAAGAAGAGGAGGCUGAUGGUGACCCUGCCCAAUGA